CCUAAACAUUUUUUUUGGGGGGGGGAGUACUGAAAAGGAGUAUUCUGUUUGAAGGGCUAUCUGGCCCUAGUAAGGAGUAAAGAUAAAAAGAACCCUAAGGAGGGAUAAGCUGGGGUCUUGAAGCCACCCCUCACAGCACCAUUUUGGCAGUGAAGUGAGGCUCACAGGUGACUUGGUUACAAUGUUAUGGCCUCCAUUGUGGAAGGAGCUAUGCCUUUAAAUAUCACUCGCUUGAGACUCACAGGUGAGAGAAUGAGUACUGUACUUAGGUUUCCACACAAGCAUCGGGUUGGCCACUGUGAUUAAAGGCUGCUAGGUUUGCUAGGCCUCUGGCCUGGUUCAGCAGAGCUCUUUUUAUGUUCUUCCACAGUAUGGAUUCAGCUGUCUGCAAGAAGAUAACAGCAAAGGAUUUCUAUUCUCCAAGUCUGGGAUGCUGCCAAUGCAUAAGAAGAAUGAGUUUCCUCAGACAGGUCAGGCUUCUGCUAUGGAAAAACUGGAUACUGAGAAAAAGGCAGAAGCUACGUCUUCUGGUUGAACUUGUGUGGCCUAUGUCCUUGUUUCUUAUCCUUGUCUGGCUGAGGAGCGCCAACCCACUCUAUCGCCAACAUGAAUGUCACUUCCCAAACAAGGCGAUGCCCUCUGCAGGAACUCUGCCGUGGCUACAGGGCAUCUUCUGUAACAUGAACAAUCCUUGCUUCAAAAGCCUGACCCGUGGAGAGUCUCCAGGUGUCGUAUCAAACUACAAUAAUUCUAUUUUAGCAAGAGUGUACAAAGAUGCUCAAGAACUUUUGCUGAAUGCACACGCAACAGAACUGGGCCGACUCUGGGAAGAACUACGCUCCAUGACCCAGUUUAUGGAAACCAUGAGGACAAAUCCCGAAAGGAUUGCAGGAAAUGGAAUACGAAUCCAGGACAUCCUGAAAAAUGGGGAGAACCUAACUAAGUUUCUGCGUGAAGAUGCACGUCUUCCUGACAUGGUGGUUCACCACCUGAUGAAUGCUCAAGUGAGACCUGAACAGUUUGCCUUUGGCGUCCCAGAGUUGACUCUGAAAGAUAUUGCCUGUAGCCAGGCCCUGCUGAAUCGCUUCAUUAUCUUCAGCAGUCCAGGGGGCUUCCAAGCUGUGCACCAGGCAAUGUGUGCCCUUUCCCAGGAGGACCUGCAGAAGGUCGAGGACUCUUUGUACGCCAACACAGACUUCUUCAAGCUUUUCCAUUUGCUUCCCACCGUGUUAGACGGCAAUGCUCAAGGUGCUGAUCUACAAAUGUGGGGACGAGUGCUUUCUAAUGUGUCCCAAGCCGUGCAAGAGCUGGCACGUAGGCCAAGUGUUCAGGACCUUUUAUCGACCCUACAGCCGCUUCUGCGAGAUGGGGAGCCUGCGUCCUUAUGGCAGCUGAUGAGUUCUUUAUCUGAUCUUCUCUGUGGCUACCCAGAGGGAGGUGGUUCCAGAAUAAUCUCUCUCAACUGGUACGAAGACAAUAAUUACAAGGCCUUCCUUGGGGUUGACUCCACGAAGAAGGAAUCCAUUUAUGUUUAUGACAACACAACCACUCCCUUUUGUAACACAUUGAUCCAGACUAUGGAAUCAAAUCCUUUAACCAAAAUAGCCUGGAGGGCUAUGAAACCAUUAUUGAUGGGGAAAAUCCUCUUUGCUCCAGAUUCACCUGCCGUUCACGAGAUACUGAAGAAUGCAAAUUCCACAUUUGAGGAACUUGUGCGCCUCAGACUCUUGGCUAAAGCCUGGAAGGAAGUGGGACCCCAAGUGUGGAGCUUCUUUCAAGACAGUGUGCAAAUGAACAUGAUCCGGGACACUUUGCAAAACCCUACGGUGAAAGGCUUCUUAAAUGAGCAGCUGGGUUCUGAAGGUUUCACAGCAGAAGAUGUGAUCAAUUUUCUCUACAAUGGGCCACCAGAGAGAAGGGAGGGCAUGGUGAACUUUGAUUGGAGGAAUGUCUUCAGUGUUGCCAACCAGGCUCUGCACAUGGUCCACGAGUACCUGCAGUGCUUGGCUCUUGAUAAAUUUGAAGGCCACGCGGAUGAAACCCACGUGACUCACCGUGCUCUUUCUCUUCUGGAGGAGAAUAAAUUCUGGGCUGCUCUCAUCUUUCCUGAUCUGGACCCAAAAACCAGACUGCUGCCGCCUCAUGUCAAAUUCAAGAUUCGCAUGGAUAUAGAUUCAGUGGAGAAAACGAACAAAAUCAAAGACAGGUACUGGGAUCCUGGACCAAGAGCUGACCCAGUGGAUGAUCUGCGUUACAUCUGGGGAGGGUUUGCAUAUCUGCAAGACAUGGUUGAGCAUGGAAUCAUCAAGACGCAGACUGGAGUUGAAGUGCCUUCGGGGAUCUACCUGCAACAAAUGCCCUAUCCAUGCUUUGUAGAUGAUGUCUUCAUGGUUACUCUGAACCGUGCCUUCCCCAUCUUCAUGGUGCUUGCUUGGAUCUACUCUGUCUCCAUGACGGUAAAGAGUAUUGUGCUGGAAAAAGAAAUGAGGCUGAAAGAGGCCAUGAAGAACAGAGGGGUCACUAACGGGGCUGUUUGGUUCGCCUGGUUCCUAGACAGCUUCAUCAUGAUGGCUGUGAGCACGUUUCUCCUGACGACUCUCAUUACGUAUGGCAGAGUGCUUCAUUACAGCAACCCCCACCUCCUGUUCCUGUUCCUGUUGACCUUCACCACGGCCAGCAUCAUGCAGUGCUUCUUGCUCAGCACCUUCUUCUCCAAGGCUAAUCUGGCAGCUGCCUGCAGUGGCGUCAUCUACUUUACCCUAUACUUGCCUCACAUUGUUUGCUUUGCCUGGCAGGACCGGCUGACUUUUAAGCUAAAGAUUAUGGCGAGCUUCCUUUCACCUGUGGCAUUUGGGUUUGGUACAGAAUACUUGUCACGCUAUGAAGAGCAAGGCCUUGGGCUACAGUGGGAUAACGUCCGAACCAGCCCACUAGAAGGAGAUCAAUACAGUUUCUUGUUCUCUAUGGAGAUGAUGGUUUUGGAUGGUUUUAUCUAUGGAUUGCUUGCUUGGUACUUGGAUAAUGUCUUCCCAGGAGACUAUGGGAUACCACGGCCUUGGUAUUUCCCUUUCCAGCAGUCUUACUGGCUAGGGUCAGGGCACCCAAAGGCUGAGAAAACAACAACUGUGGAUGACAAAGGUUCAGAGAAGGAAGGCAGCGUCAACAUGAAGGCUGAAGAAGAAGAGAUGAGAAAGUCCAUGGCUGACGAACCCGACAGGGGGAAAACCCAGACAGACAGCCCGUUGAAGAAGGAUGGUAAAGAAAACAAAUGUAAACACAAAAGGAAACCAGAGUACAUCAAGCAGGGGAAGCCUGAGGCAGAGGCAAAAGGCAAAGAUGAAAUGACUACAGACUUGCACUUUGAAGAGGAGCCUUCUGGUCUGGUCCCAGGCGUGUGUAUUCAGAACCUGGUGAAGAUCUUCCCCGGUUGCUCUAAGCCAGCUGUUGAUGGAAUGACUAUUACGUUCUAUGAGGGUCAGAUCACUGCUUUCCUUGGCCACAACGGAGCUGGGAAGACAACCACUAUGUCUAUCCUCACCGGUCUGUUUCCACCUACAUCUGGAACAAUACUGGUUGGUGGGAAAGACAUCCAGACAGACUUGGACUCCAUACAGCAGAGUCUAGGCAUGUGCCCUCAGUACAACAUCUUGUUCAAUCACCUUACUGUUGCAGAACACAUCCUGUUUUAUGCCCAGCUAAAAGGGAAAACCAGAGAGGAGGCAGAAUUGGAAAUGGAAAUGAUGCUGGAAGAUAUAGGCCUUCCACAUAAAAGGAAUGAAGAGGCUCAAAACUUAUCAGGUGGCAUGCAGCGAAAGCUGUCCGUCACCAUUGCGUUUGUAGGCGAAGCAAAAGUGGUUGUCCUAGAUGAACCCACUUCAGGAGUUGAUCCGUAUUCCAGACGAUCCAUUUGGGACCUCCUGCUGAAGUAUCGUUCAGGAAGAACCAUCAUUCUGUCUACUCACCACAUGGAUGAGGCAGACAUCCUUGGUGACCGGGUUGCUAUCAUUUCCCAGGGAAGGCUGCACUGCUCAGGAUCCCCUGUUUUCCUAAAGAAUUCCUUUGGCACAGGCUUCUAUCUCACCUUAGUCCGCAAGAUGAAAAACAUCCAAGACAGUGGAGGAAAGGAAGCUACCUCUUGCAGCCUGGGAUCCAAAUGCUCAUGUUCCUGCUCCAGCUGUGUGCCCACAAACAAAGCCGAAACUGUGGAACAGGAACUGGAUGGUGAUGUGAAUGAACUAAAUGAACUGAUCCACCACCAUGUUCCAGAAGCCAAGUUAAUAGAAAGUAUUGGUCAGGAACUUAUCUAUCUUCUACCCAGUAAGAAUUUCAAACAGCGAGCGUAUGCCAGUCUCUUCAGGGAAUUGGAGGAAACCCUGGCAGAUGUGGGACUCAGCAGUUUUGGGAUCUCCGACACGCCCCUUGAAGAGGUUUUCUUGAAGGUUACAGCAGAGGCUGACCCUGGAAUACAGAAUGCAGGAGCUGCACAGGAGAACGGUGCUGCUGGACAAGAAGAGGGAACCCACCAGACUGCUCCAGCAGCCAAUGGCACUUCUCGGAUGCCUGUGGCACAGGAAGGGGAUGGGAGCGGUGGGAAAGGAUCAAGGCAAAACAAAGGUUGCCAACUUACCUUUCAGCAGAUCAAAGCACUUUUCAUCAAACGAUUCCACCACAGUACGCGUAGCUUUAAAGACUUCCUUGCUCAGGUAUGUGCUCCUCCAUUACAGUCACAAGGGCUUCUUCCAGGCCCAUGUGGGGUGGGGGGCAGCCCGGUAUACUGCCCCCAUUUUCCAGAGGUUCCAUAUUGCCUGCAGAUUGUUCUACCUGCUAGCUUUGUGCUGCUGGCUCUGAUACUUACAGUAAUCAUUCCUCCAUUUGGUGAAUACCAUUUAACUCUCCACCCUUGGAUCUAUGGGCACCAGUUCACUUUCUUCAGCAAUGAGCGGCCUGGCAGCGAGCAGAUGGUUUCUCUUAUUGACGCCUUCUUAAAUAAACCGGGAUUUGGAAAUCGCUGCUUGAAGAGAGAGACCCUUCAGAACUACCCUUGCGUUAAUGCAUCAACUGCCUGGAGGACACCAGCUGUCCCUUAUAACAUAGCUGCCCUUUUCCAAACUAAUAUGUGGCAUCCCCAGAACCCCUCACCAUCCUGCAAAUGCAGUACUCGGAAGAAACUCACCAUAUUACCGGAGUGUCCUUUGGGAGCUGGAGGACUUACUCCCCCACAGAGAGCUCAGCGUAGCACAGAAAUCCUUCAGGAUCUCACUCAUCGAAAUAUUUCUGAUUUCCUGGUGAAAACCUAUCCCACCCUCAUAAGAAGCAGCUUGAAGAGCAAAUACUGGGUCAAUGAGAAAAGAUAUGGAGGAAUCUCCAUUGGAGGAAAACUCCCAAUACUGCAUGUCACCGGAGAGCAGAUGGUUGGUUUCCUGAGAGAUCUUGGUCAGAUGAUGAACAUAACAGGGGGUGAAGCAACAAUGGCUGCCUCGAAAGAAAUGGCCAAUUUUCUUAAGUACAUGGAAACUGAAUACAAUAUUAAGGUGUGGUUUAACAACAAAGGCUGGCAUGCCAUGGUCAGUUUUCUCAACAUAGCCAACAAUGCAAUCCUGAGAGCCAAUCUGCAGACUGGCAAAGACCCCGAGGAAUACGGCAUAACUACUGUCAACCAUCCACUGAACCUCACGAAGGAGCAGCUCUCUGAAGUCACUGUGCUGACCACUUCAGUAGAUGCUGUUGUUGCCAUCUGUGUGAUCUUUGCCAUGUCUUUCAUCCCAGCAAGCUUUGUCUUGUACCUUAUCCAAGAACGGAUGACCAAAGCCAAGCACCUCCAGUUCGUCAGCGGUGUGAGGCCUUUUGUUUACUGGUUUACCAAUUUCCUUUGGGACAUUGUCAAUUAUGCAGUGAGUGCUGGCUUGGUAGUGGGAAUAUUCAUUGGUUUCAAAAAGAAAGCAUACACAUCCCCAAGCAACCUUCCCGCACUUAUCGCAUUGCUGCUUCUAUAUGGGUGGGCCAUAAUUCCUAUGAUGUACCCAUUGUCCUGCUUCUUCAGCGUCCCAAGCACUGCCUACGUUGCCUUGUCUUGCAUUAACCUCUUCAUUGGUAUCAACAGUAGUGCCAUUACAUUUGUCCUGGAGCUCUUUGAGAACAACCCAGUUCUGCUGCAGUUCAAUAAAACACUGAAAAAUAUCCUGUUAGUAUUUCCUCAUUUCUGCCUGGGUCGUGGACUCAUUGACUUAGCCAUGAACCAAGCUGUGACUGAUGUAUAUGCUCGGUUUGGGGAAGAACAUGUCUUGAACCCGUUUCGCUGGGAUUUUGCUGGAAAAAACAUGGUUGCCCUGGCGGUGCAGGGUGUUGUCUAUUUUGUUCUGAAUCUUCUGUCGCAACAUAGUUUCUUCUCUACAGGAUGGUUUGCCCAAAACAUGAUGGUGCCCGUUAUGGAUGAAGAUGAGGAUGUUGCAGAGGAAAGGCAACGAAUCUUGAAUGGAGGCAGCAGAAUGGAUAUUUUGAAAUUACAAGAACUGACCAAGAUUUAUGCAGGUAGACACACACCAGCAGUGGACAGACUCUGUGUUGGCAUUCGUCCCGGAGAGUGCUUCGGUCUCUUGGGCGUGAAUGGAGCUGGCAAGACAACAACAUUCAAAAUGCUGACUGGAGACACUCAAGUAACAUCUGGAGAUGCUGUAGUUGCCGGUCACAGCAUAUUGACUCACAUAUUUGAUGUUCAUCAAAACAUGGGCUACUGCCCACAGUUCGAUGCGAUUGAUGACCUGCUCACGGGGAGAGAGCACUUGCGUCUUUAUGCCAAUCUGCGUGGUGUCCCAGCAGCAGAAGUUGAGAAGGUUGCAGAGUGGGGAAUUCAGAAGCUUGGUCUCCUGAUGUAUGCAGAUCAGUUGGCAGGCACAUACAGCGGUGGGAACAAGCGCAAGCUCUCCACUGCCAUUGCGCUGAUAGGCUGCCCUCCUUUAGUCCUGCUGGAUGAGCCAACUACAGGAAUGGACCCUCAGUCCCGGCGCUUCUUAUGGAACUCAAUUGUCAGUGUGAUCAGAGACGGAAGAGCUGUGGUCCUUACGUCACACAGCAUGGAAGAAUGUGAGGCGCUCUGCACACGUCUAGCCAUCAUGGUUAAGGGAACCUUCAAAUGCCUGGGCACCAUCCAACAUCUCAAGUACAAAUACGGAGAUGGAUACAUUAUCAGCAUGAAAAUAAAGGCCUCUAAACCCGGACUGCCUCCAGACCUGAGCCUAGCUGAACACUUCAUAGAAGUGAACUUCCCUGGCAGCAUACAAAGGGAAAAGCACCACAACAUGCUCCAGUACCAGAUAUGCGCCUACUCACUGGCCAAGAUCUUCCGGCUGAUUCUCUCUAACAAGGACAACCUGAAUAUUGAAGAAUACUCUGUCACACAAACCACCCUGGAUCAGGUUUUUGUCAACUUUGCUAAACAACAGAUGGAGGAUGAGGAAAUUCAUCUCCACCCUCGUGCAGCGGGAGCUAGUAGAGAGGUGAAGGUGACCCCCGCUUUCUAUCGGAAGACAACUGCAUAGAGAAGUUGUGCAACAGGUGAAGCAAACUCCCCAAGAGCUGGGCCCCAGGCCAGAGCAGAGUGCUACAAAUCUUGAAUAAGCUUCUCACCAGCACAGGUUUUAGCCCCCUUUCAGUGGUUUCCCUGCAUCUUUGGAACUCGCCCACAAAGGAAGUAUGUAUGAAUGGAUCCAUCUUCGUUAAGCUUUUACAGAACCAAACAAAAAACAAAAAACAGAUUUGCUUUUCAGUCUUUUUUACUAAAAGUAUUGUGCUGGGCUUUUAAAGCAGUUUUUAGUAUUAUAAAUGGGUUGUUUUGAAUGUAUUUUAAGCAUUUUUAAAAUAUUGCAUUAACACUUGACAGCUGCCUGUGGAGGGCUCUGCCCUGUGAAGCUGCAUGUGCAUUUCUUAAAUAAUUUUUUUUUAGCAAAGUAGAAUGUAAUAUUAGGAACUUUAGCUUGGCACAGUGAUGGGAUCAAAUGAGUAGAUACUAAGUUUAGUCAAAAUCACUUGUGUGUUCGUAAAUAUUUUUUUUAAGCCCAAGGAUGCAUGUGCUUUGCUUACUAGUUUCAUUCUGAACCAAAAACAGAAACAAGCACACAUGUUUAUUUAAAGUCUAUUGUUCUGUGGCAUUAAUGCUCUGGGUCAAAUCUAGACUUGACAGCAGUCAGGCACAAGAUGGGCUGUCACUGCCAGCAACAGAAUCACAAAAUUUUACGGAUGAACAGGAAAUAUUUGGUCUCUCAUGGCCUUCUUUACAUUAGUGGCUCACUUUUACUAGAUUAGUUUUAAAUUGGAAUAUUCCCCUCAGCUGUUAACAGUUCAUUUUCAACUCUUGAUACUACUUAACUCCCACUUAAAACCUAAUUAAAAGGUACAAUGGGGGAGUUCACAGUUGUGCCAUUUUUCCCACCAUGAAAAUCUUAACAGGUGGAGAUUUGGAUUUAGCCCAACCAUAGCUUGUAGUUGUAUGCAGCUCUUAGUGAAGUCAACAGGAAACCAUCUAGAAGAGAUUCCCCAAAGGUGCUAUUGAUUUUGACAUCUUUUUAAAAAAGGAUUUAUGUCGAAGGAAUAUUGCAUUAGCUGAGGUUCAAUUCAAGCUGCUCUAAUCUCAAGAUCAAUAACCUUUUAGUAUCUGUUUUGUAUGUUUCAGUGCUAUAACCAUUGUGGGUCUCUGUUGAAAGUAAAACUUUUUUUAAAAAAAAUAGCAUUCUGUUUAAUUCAGUUAUGGUAUUGGAGAGUAGCUGCCAGAAAGUGGCUCCUUGUGUGGGUUUUGGGUGUUUUUUGGUGGUGGAGCUCCUUCAACCACACAGGCAUCACUCUUUUUUGAGUGACUACACUGGGUGUUUAAAAACCUAACCAUCCACACACACCCAAUGAGAAGUAACUUACACAACUAGGGCUGGGCGAUGUUAGAUUUUCUAUCACCAGCCAAACAUUGUGAUUUGGCAAUGCACCACAAUGCUGAAACAAGCUGCAUUGGCCCCAGCCCAUGAGGUGCCAAGUGAAACUGCUGCAGCUCUCACAGUGGGAGCUGAGGCGCUUUCACCCCGGUGCCUCGCCGAGCUGGGGCCAAUGCAGCUGGCUGCAGCCUGCUGCUUAGCUGGGGGUGUGGUGGAAAGGCUCCCCCCCCCCCAGCUGAGAAAGCUCUGUGUCUCUGUUGCGGGGCAGGCAGCUGUGUGCCCCUGAACAGAGAAGUUUAAAGGAGUCCCCCUGCCCGCCUCUGGCUCCUUGCAAGCCCUCAUAGAUGGAGCAAGCACUGCCAACCUGACAGGCUCAGUUUGUAGCGUUUCCUCCAUCUUUGAAGAUCUCUCAGCUGGGGAGCGGGAGCACUUUAAAAGAGAGCGCCUAAACUAUCGCCGGCUCCGUAAAACUGCUUGGCUGAGGCAAGGGCAGCUGCAUGCUCCUCAGCCGGGCAAUUUCAAGAAGCGGAGCGAGGAAAAAGCUGUAUUGGUGCCUUGCUGAUGGCACUUGUUUCUCCCUCUGCAGCUGUAUCACUGGUGAAACCACCACUGCUCCAGAGUCCCUCUGCCUCCAGCACCUGGCUUCAGCUUGUUUCUCCCUUGACACAGUGGGCGUUGGUAGCAGAGGGACUCUGGAGCGGAGGCAAUUUCACCAGUGAUACACCGCUGAGUGAAACCACCAUCCCACUCUGCCCCUCAUACCAGUCCUCGGCGAUAUAUUGAUAUACACGACGGCCACUCCCAGCAAUAACUAUGCCACAGAUGGGUGACUCAAGAGGCAAAGACCUAAAAAUGCUCUCCAAAUAGAGGAGACUGAAGAGCUGCUCUGAUGGCAGGACUAGGGAGUAUGUUUCAGUUGAAUAUUAGGAGAUAGAUAAAAUUAAGUGCAGUUCCACCAUGGAAUUAGUUGCAGAGGAUGGACUGCUAUCUGUUGGGAAGGUCUAGCUUAGGAUUUCCUGUACUGAGCAUCAGGACGGACAAUGCUAUAAUUCCAACAUAGCUUUGAAUAAAGAAACAAACUUGAAGCAGAUCCUGAAAGUCAUUAAAUGUGAUUUGAAUUUCUCGGCUGUAAUUUGCUGUAUAACAAACAUUUACACAUUGUCUGUGUGAAAAGAAACAAGAGGUUUUUUUAUCUUAUCAUGGAUGCAUUUUUUUAAACUUGAAAAAUAUGGUAUUAAAGAAAUAUUAAAACUUCA